AUGAAGCGGCCACUGAGCCCAGCCCCUCCAGGUGAGAAGGGCCUUCCUGCUCCAGGGGGUUCUGAAUGUCCCCCUCAGCCCCCAGAGCCCUCUCGGCCCAAGCGGGAGAGGAAGCGACCAUCAUAUACACUCUGUGACGUCUGCAACAUCCAACUCAACUCUGCAGCCCAGGCUCAAGUGCAUUGUGGGGGCCGUGCCCACCAGAGACGCCUCAGACAGCUCAGCUCUGGGAAGACCCCUUCAGGACCAGGCCCAGCCUCCAGCUCCCCCAACCCUCUGCUGGCCUCGCUGCCCCUGCCUGCUCGGCCUCUGCAACCCCCACUGGACAUCAAGCAUUUCCUGACCUUCCACUUCAAUGGUGCAGCCCCACUCAGCCUUUUCCCCAACUUCAGCACGAUGGACCCAGUCCAGAAAGCAGUAAUCAGUCACACUUUUGGAGUCCCCUCCCCUAUAAAGAAGAAGCUGUUUAUCUCCUGUAACAUCUGCCACUUGAGGUUCAACUCUUCGAACCAGGCUGAAGCUCAUUACAAAGGUCACAAACAUGCGAGAAAGGUCAAGGCUGUGGAGGCUGCCAAGAGUAAGCAGAGGACUUAUACUCCAGCCCGGGAGAGAGCCACUGUUCCACCCAGCACCCCGCCUGAGAGCAGAGCUCUUGGAGAACCCCAGAACAAGGCUCCCUUGGCACCCUCUUCUGGAUCCCCUCUAGUUCUGCUGAAGACUUUGGACUCCUCUCCCAGGGAGUCGGCUGGCCUGGACCUCUCCGAUGCCUCUUCUUCUUCGUCCUCUUCCCCUUCCUGUUCCCCCUCAUCCCCAGGGCCAGGGGCCGAAAUGCCUGGUACUAGAAUGGGGGCAGGGGCAGGAAACAGUGUGGGUACAGACAACCGGAAUGAGAAGGGCCCUCUCUACUGCCCUACCUGUAAGGUUACUGUCAACUCAGCCUCACAGCUCCAGGCCCAUAACACAGGAGCCAAGCACAAGUGGAUGGUGGAUGGUCAUCGAGGAGUUCCUCGAAGAGGCCGAGGCCGAAUUAUGCCUCGUGGAGGGGCCAGGCACAAGGCUAAGCGUGUGGCAGGAGCCCCAGGUGGCAAGCCGGGGCCAAGCCCUUCUUUCCACUGUGCCCUCUGUCAGCUCCAUGUCAACUCUGAGACCCAACUCAAGCAGCACAUGAGCAGCCGGAGACACAAAGACAGGCUGGCAGGGAAACCCCUGAAGGCUAAGGUCAGUCAGCAUAGCAAGCUACAGAAACACGGGGCGCUGGCUGUGAGUAUCCUCAAGUCUAAACUGGCCUUGCAGAAACAACUUACCAAGACCCUGGCAGCCCGAUUCCUACCCAGCCCCCUUCCUACCGCUGCAGUAUGCACCCUUCCAGGGCCCUUGGCUCUCCGGCCAGCCCCAGCUGCUGCUACCACUCUCUUCCCAGCCCCGAUGCUGGGGCCUGCACUGUUUCGAUCACCAGCAGCAGCUGUCCGCCCAGCUACUGGGCCCAUUGUUUUUGCUCCAUACUGAUCCUCCCUG